AUGGCGAGGCGCUGGCGAUGGAUAUUUCGAUCGAUCCGGGAGGCGCUGGCUAAAAUUUCGAUCGCUCCUCAAUCCAGCUUGAGGAUUCCGCAUUUAUCCCAGGUACAAUCCUAUGCAGCGCUUAUCCGCCACUGUAGCGGCCACAGCGUCACGGAAGCCAGGAGAAUCCACGGACUUAUCUCCGCAGCUGGUUACGACCAGGACAGGUUCCUGAGAAAUCUUCUGAUAGAGAUGUACGGGCGAUGCAAGCUUCUCGAAGAGGCGCUGCUCGUGUUCCAAGGAAUCCGGUCUCCGAACCAGUUCUCCUACAACUUGCUACUGGCGGCAUUCGCCCACAACGGGGAAUUGCUCCAGGUACAGAAACUCUUCGACGACUUGCCCGCUCGGGACGUGGUCUCGUGGAAUCUGGUGCUCACAGCCUCGGUCCAGCGGCAGCAUAACCAGGAAGUUUUCGGCUACUACAGGAAGAUGAGGCUCGAAGGAUUUCGCUGCGACGAGAUCACGUUUGUGACGAUCCUCGCGGCCUGUACGAGUGUGGCGUUUCUAUCCCAGGGACAGCUUGUCCAUGCUCAGAUCAUCGACGCCGGCCUGGAGCUUCACGUCUUGGUUGCAACAGCGCUGGUUCACAUGUACGGGAGAUGCUUAGAGGUGGAUCGAGCGGUGCGAGUUUUCGAAGGCAUGGCCGAGAAGGACUUGGUGUCCUGGACGACGAUGGUGGCUGUGUUUGCCGACACUGGGAAUGUCCAGGAAGCUUGGAAGACGUUUAACCGGAUGCCACAGAGGAACGUAGUAUCCUGGACGACAAUGCUAGUUGCUUAUGCGGAGAACGGACACUUGGAACGGGCAAAGUAUCUCUUCGACAGGUUUCCUCAGCGGGACGUGAUCGCAUGGAACGCAAUGGUGACGGCUUACGUUAAUGGGGGUGUUCUAGACGGGGCAAGGUCGGUUUUUGAUGAGAUGGUGGAGAGAAGCAAGGCAACUUGGAACGUCAUGCUCACGGGAUAUGCCCAGGGAGGGCAUGCCUUGGAGGCCUGGGAGCUCUUCAGGAAGAUGGACUUGGAAGGUUUCCAGCCGGACAAGAUAAGCUUCGUGUGUGUGCUCGAGAGCUUGCCCGGGGAUUCAGCAGAAGCAGGGAUCGUUCACCGUGAAGCGCUGGAAACAGGUGACAUUUCGGAGGUUUCAGUAGCGACUGCGCUCGUUCAUAUGUAUGGCAAGUGCGGGAACCUGAGACGAGCGCGGGUGGUGUUUGAGGAGAUGAAGAAUCGCAGCCUCCUGUCGUGGAACGCCAUGCUCACGGCGUAUGCCCGCAACGGGCAUGUCAGCAGCAUGGUUGGAUUCCUGAGCGAGAUGAGCAACGGUGGCGUGGAGCUCAACGCUGUGACUUUUAUCAGCGUUCUUGCGGGCUUUAGCCACAGAGGCCUGCUCAAAGACGGCCACCGCAACUUCAUCUCGAUCGUUGCCGACUAUGGAAUCAUGCCGAUACUGGAUCACUACAUCUGCAUGGUCGAUUUGCUCGGAAGAGCUGGACAGGUCGAGGAAGCCAAGGAGCUGAUUGAAAACAUGCCGUUUGAUGCCGACUCCGCUACAUGGACUGCUCUCUUGAGCGCUUCCAGGAUUCACAAAAACGGAUCAAACGACACUGCGGCUGCUGCUCCUGAGAAGCUCAUCGACUAG